UGGGAGGUGGCGCGGCUGAGGGCGGGCGCCAUUUUGUUUGGUUGUUGCCGCGGGACGAGGACAAGGGUAAAGAACGGUUGUGGUUUCGAGUCGUGGAUACGCCUGUCGCUUGCUGCUUUCUCUCGUCCUUUCGGGUAGCUCAACAGGAUGGGUCGAAAGAAGAAGAAGCAGAUGAAGCCGUGGUGCUGGUACUGCAACAGAGACUUUGAUGAUGAGAAGAUCCUUAUCCAGCAUCAGAAGGCAAAACACUUCAAAUGUCACAUAUGUCAUAAAAAGUUGUACACGGGUCCAGGUCUUGCUAUUCACUGCAUGCAGGUUCAUAAGGAAACGAUAGAUGCUGUCCCAAAUGCGAUCCCUGGAAGAACAGAUAUUGAAUUAGAAAUCUAUGGAAUGGAAGGGAUUCCAGAAAAGGAUAUGGAGGAAAGGCGACGACUACUUGAACAAAAGACUCAAGCGGAAAGUCAAAAAAAGAAGCAGAAAGAUGAUGAUUCUGACGAGUUUGAUGAUGACGAUGCAGAAGCUGGAACUUCGUACCAGCAGCAGGGGGUGCAGCAACAACAGAAUUUUGUUUCCAGUAUGAACCAGUCAAGCGUGCACCCUGUAACGGGUGCACCAGGAAUUCCUCCAGGGAUGCCACCAGUGGUCCCAGGUGUUCCUCCCAUGAUGCCAGGGAUGCCACCAGUAAUGCCAGGAAUGCCUCCAGGGAUGAUGCCCAUGGGUGGAAUGAUGCCUCCAGGACCUGGAAUGCCACCCAUGAUGCCAGGCAUGCAUCCUGGUGGGUAUUUGAAAACGGUUGGCAGCAAUUUAGGUAUGCCACCCCCUGUUCCACGUCCAGGUGGACCAUCAAUGACCCAAUCGCAGCCAGUGGUUCCACCUGGUAUACCCAGUAGAGCACCAUUACCUGGACCUAGUCCACAACCUCCCAUUGCAAAGCCACUCUUCCCUAGUGCUGGCCAAAUGGGGACUCGUGUUUCGAGCACAACUACAACCUCCACUACAGCUUCAUCAAAUUCGGCAAAUCUCUCAACUUCCUCUAAACCUCUGUUUCCUAGUGCAGCACAAAGCCAGCAGUCUGUCUCCGGACCUGUGGGUACGGAUUUUAAACCCCUCAACAGUACGCCUGCCACUACUGCAGAACCUCCAAAGCCCACAUUCCCAGCAUACACACAGUCAACAGCAACCGCUACCAGCACGUCGAGCAGUUCUACAGCUAAGCCGACCAUCCCUGUAACUAGUAAGCCUGCCACUCUAACCACAACUAGUGCAACUAGUAAGUUGAUCCAUCCAGAUGAGGAUAUAUCACUGGAGGAAAGGAGAGCUCAGUUUCCAAAGUACCAACGUAACAUCCCUCGGCAAGGCCAGACACCUCUGGGGCCACCACCAGUUGGGCCGAUGGGUAGUAUGAUGCCACCUCAGCAAGGAAUGCCACCUCAGCAACCAGCAAUGAGACCUCCUAUGCCACCUCCAGGACAGUCCUGCCACCCCCGGUUUCAGCCUCGUGAACGUCCGCUGCACUCCCUCUAUGGUCAGUAUGGUGGUCCGCCACAGGGCAUGCCAAGUUACCUCCCAGGCGGCAUGCCUCCAUAUGGACAGGGACCUCCAAUGGUGCCCCCUUACCAGGGUGGACCCCCUCGGCCACCAAUGGGAAUGUCAGGAAUGAGGCCUCCUGUAAUGUCACAAGGUGGUCGCUACUGAAGCUGGCAUUAAUAGGUUUGGAGAUUCAACCUUUUCUCAACUUGCUGUUAACUAGACAAGCUUCAGUGAAUAUAAGUGACUUUAACUUUUUUAAGAAAAACCUGGUAAACCUCUUCCUGCCUGCUAAUGAUGACCACAAAAACAUGCAAAACCCUGGGACGUGCUGUUGUUUGAUCUCAGUAGCAGGGAUAAGAAAGGAUACUCUUGAAAGCAAAAUCUUGACGAGUGCCCUCCCCCUCCUCCCUCCCCACCUUCCCCUUUCACCCUCCCCACCUCAGCCCCUGCCCUCCCUGAGUCUCCAUGUAAUUGCAAUUCAUGUUGUAUAGCUUCUUUUCUCAUGUUUCAUCUAGGUUUUUAGAAGUGAAGUAUAAUAAAUAUGGUCCAUUUAUAUAAUAAAAAAUUGAAGGCGCUGGAGUUACAUGAACGUACAGUACCACCUUUAAAGGCAAGUUCUGUAAAUUAAAAUUUGCUUUUGUAUUAAAAACAAAAGUGAGGCCUUCGCAGCACUUUAAGUGCUGUUGGACUUUACUGUCCCCAACAUUGUUUGGUGAGGGCUUCUGGUGUAAUUGCUUGUUGCAGCACCAAAUAUCUGUUCGGUUGAGUUUUGAUUAUGUAACUGUUCAACGUACCUCGUAUCCAGGGUUCAAAAAGACAGUUUUGAACCCACAUAGGUCGUACCUGAUUUCUUAACUUCUGUACUGUUGUAAAGCUCAUUGUAAUAAAACUUGAUGGAAACAUUAA